AUGUACCAUGAUGAAUAUAAUGUGAUAAUUCAUGUUGGAAAAGAUGAAAACGUGAAAACGUUUCAGGCUCAUUCGUUGAUCUUAAGGGCUAGAUGUAGUUACUAUAAAACUGCUCUAUCAGAACAAUGGGCCAGGAAAGAAGGUGAUUCCAAAGUAUUAAAACAACCUAAUGUUACUCCAAAGGUUUUCGAAAUCAUUCUCAAAGAUAUAAUGGAAGUGCUAGAAAUAUUAGCAGCUGCUGAUGAAUUAUUACUCACAGAUCUAUUGGAUUUCAUUCAAGAUCAUUUAAUAGAAACAAAAUCGGAUUGGUUACAUUCUUAUAUCUUGAAAGUCUAUCAGGCAACAUUAUCGCAUGAUUCUUCCAUUCUACCUGAAGAAUUAGAAGAUGAUAUAGUAAGAUGUCAUUUGAAAGUUGGUAGUAAACCUACGUUCGAAGAUGCAAAGAUUAGCAGGGUUAGUAGAUAUAAUUAUGCUAUCACCAUGAAAGACGAAAGUUACGGUCCUUGUUUUGGGGAUAAAGAUCUUUGGAUGCAGGGUGAUUUUAGUCAGCCUGAUAGUUGCAGUUCUAAAGAAGACGAUUAUGAGACUUGGAUCACCAAGCAUCGAAAAUUUUCCAUUUCUGAAUAUGAAAAUUCACAAAAACGAGAUUUAAAUUUAAAUGAUAACUCUAACGCUAUUAGAUAUGUUUAUAAUAAUAAGAGAAAUUUUAUUCCAGAAAGUGUUAAACAAAAUGAUGAGAAAAGACAAUAUCCAAUUUCUGUAUGUGCUCAUGGUGACGCUAAUUUUGAAGUCAAUGACUCUACGUUAAAUCAUAUCUGA